CUUCGUUUCGUUCCAAUUGAUUGAUGAAUGAGAGAGACUCUGAGGGAGGUGGCCAGCACUUUCAUUGCGCAACCCUCCGCCUCCCCUUCUUACCAGGCGCAGACUCGUGCUAUUCAUCUUCAUUUCCGCCUUUCGAUUCCCCUUCUCGAUUUGUUUUCUCCGCCUCAAUCCCUCUUCCUUUUGUUCCCCUCCUCCUCCUUUCCCGUCCCUGUAUCUCACUUCCAAUCUCCCAGUCUCCCACCCCCCAAACCACCCGAUAUACCGCCAGCGGAUCCAUCGUCUUGCGGUAAAGAGAUCCGAGUGUAUUCAGACGCCAGCGCCUAUUCGCUCACGCGACGCAAGCCUCCGACCCGUUAUCAUCGUCUUCAACCAUCAUCUGGUCCUCCAAAAUUGCCAGACCAACCGAAACCAAACCAAACCAACCCGUCCGUCCGUCCGUCCGCGCCCGCCCAUCCAUCCUGCAUCCCGCAUCCCGAAUGCCGCCCUUGCGCUACGGUCCCAUCUCCCAUUUCUCACACACUCUCUAUCUCUCUCUCUUUCUCUGUAUCGCGCUCACGGCCUCGCCUACACGCCCUGCUACUGCAUAGUGUUGGACUUGGAUAACACCGCAUUGGACUGGUACUUGCACUGUUGGUGUACCGUGCUGCUCUUACACCCCUCGAAAACAGCACCGUCACUCAGCCUUGAAACCGCUCCCCUCGGCCAACACCAAUUCUCGAUACUCCCGGUACCCAGGGAGGUCGCACAGGCCGAGCCACUUUUAAAGCAUUUGCGCCUCCGUACCGAAACUGUGUCUUGGGCCCUGCGCCGGUGAUUCACUUCAAUGGCGCUUUAAGCUUCCCCUCUGGCGCUGGCACGCGGUCCUUUCCUCUCCCUAAGCAUCUCAUCUCAGGUUCUUAGGCCGCUUUAUCCUAUCUACCUCAGGGUACCGUUAACAUCCGCAUUGCCUGCUCGAACUAUACUUUCCCCGUGGUUCCUGUCACUUUUCUUUUCCCACGUUGACAUUUGUCUCCCUCGCGAACCAUUCGACACCACGGCGGAAACACACCCCGUCUAUAUUACCCCCAUCCAACGACCAACACCACUUACCUCACGAACCCCCCCGAUCUGAGCUCUGCCUUCCAUGUAUACGUGGGCCUCCAGACACCGACUACACUCUAGACCUUCUCCCCGCGCCGGGGUUACGGCCCUUCCGCAAACAUGUCUUUACCAGUCGCCAUUCAGUCGGCCAUAUUCUACUACCUCGCUUGUACGCCAUGUAACGAGAUGAAGGCCUUCCGGAAGGCCAAGAAGAAGGCCAAGGAAGACCGAGAGAUCAAGAGGAAGAUCGAGAUGGAGCAGCCAGGGCUCUACCGCCAUCCGGAUCCCUUCCACACCAACCCCUUCUGGGCCGAGGAGAUGGCUGCUGGCCCCCACCUACCCAAGAAGUCGGUAGGCAAGAACCCGAGCCAGAGAGGACUGGCGAGUGCCGGCAGGACGAGCACCGCCGCAAGUUUUGGACACGCCAGCACCGUCGCCGAGAGCACCAUUCCCGCUACACCGACCACAAGCGCCGAGACUGCCCGGAAGCUCUCUGGCGAUGCUUGGGACAGGGCCCUGUACCAGCGAGAGGACGAGGAGUUGUGGGGCCAUAAUCUGACCGGGAUGGGCCACAAGCUCAUGGACAACAUCGCCAAGGCAGGAAACACAGCGGGCCGCUACGUCGAGGAGAAGCUGGGACUCGAGAAGCCCGUCACGGACGAGGACCGCGAGAACUUUUACCGUACGCCGAGAAACCCCCCCGUCAACGAAUACCAUCCGCCCAUCGUAGGGAGCAAACCCUCUCGCCCGGACGCCCUCAAGUGGAUGCUGCAACCGCCUCCGCCGGCCAAACUUAUGGAGGGUCGCGUUCCCGUUGCUCGCACCGGGAGUACUAGCACUGUCGGGAGCAGGAGGACGAUGGCAUCCGAAGAGCCUCCCCUGGACAGAUUAGUCCGCGAAAAGGCGCUCAGGAAGAGGCUACGGCAAGGGGAGAAGCCCCGCCUAGAAGAAACCCCUUCGGAGUCGGAAUUGAUUGACUCGCUCAUCGGCGGACGAUCCCGGAGGACCACCGUUUCGAGCAGGGGCAUGUCCACUCGCAGCCGAAGUCUCUCACUCGAGUCUGAAGUAUCUUCGGACGGCGAACUGGUGGAACGGCGGCGAAUCGCCCGUGCCAGGCGCGUUCCCAUGACCCCCGAGGAGACUUCUUCGGAUGAGGACGACUUUGUCCAGCAGCGCACCUGGGACUCGCUAGGAAAGUCAAGUCCUCAACGGCGGCCCAAGCUGGAAACGAUUCGUAGCUCUCGUUCCACCACCAGACAGGCAUUGAAGGCACGGCCAAACGGCACCAAGCCCGAUACCGCGUACAAAGAUAACUCUGACAUCACACCCAAAGCGUCGGCCAACCCUAUUAUCGCCCUUAAAGUCGACGAAAACACACCAACCACUGUCACCACUCCCAUGGCGGUAUCAUGACGUCCUUAAAAUCUUAGACGAAUGAACGGGUCUUAGCAGCGCCCAGGGGGUUUCCCCCUCCAUCUUCUUCGGGCCCCCUUUUCUUUUCUUGGGAUCAUCAACUACAUUACUACUCCUGGGGAGGCAUAGCGUUCAGGGCUGGAGCAUUUGCAUUACUAGGACAGGGAAACGGCAUCGGCGUUAAGAGAUGUGUGCAAUAGCAGAAAGCACACGGAAUUUGGGCAUCUAAAAGAUUCUUGGCUUGACGUUUAUACAAGGGCAACAACAUAUGGCCCUCCUUUUCAUUCUUCGUUUCUCUAGCUCCUACACACUUGGCGACGCACAGAGUUGCGAUGAAGCUUUUAUCUCUUUUUCUUUUCUUUUUUGCUUCUUCUCUUUUGUCAUGGCAUAGCUAGCAAGCAACAGCAGGAAUAUGAGGGUAUAUUUUCCUCUUCCCUGAAACCUUUUUUGUCCACUUUUCUUAGUAUCCCCGCAUCCAAAGCCAACGAACGCCUCGUUGAUCGUGAAACGCGCCUGACGCACCCUGUGUCCUC